AUGGGUGGGCUCGUCGACUUUAAGCCCGAGAAGGACAUUCCUUCGUUGGAGGGCAAAGUUAUCUUCGUAACAGGAGGUACUGCCGGUCUAGGGAGUGUCACCAUUCGAGCACUUGCAAAACACGAACCAGAACAUAUCUACUUCAGCGGCCGGAACAAGAAAGCUGGCGAAUUGCUCAUCGCACAUAUUCGAGAAACUAAUCCUUCCGUCUCCCUUACCUUCCUCGAAAUGGACCUCUGUUCUCUGUCCUCGGUCAAGGCCGCAUCUGAGAAAUUUGCCCAUAAACGCCUUGAUAUACUAAUUUGCAAUGCUGGAAUCAUGGCCGCACCACCUGCUCUUAGCACAGAUGGAUAUGAAAUACAAUUUGCCACCAACCAUCUUGGACACGCUAUGCUCAUUCAACAACUGCUUCCUAUCAUGCUUGAAACAACCAAAAUUCCAGAGGCCGAUGUUCGAAUCGUUUGCUUGUCAUCUGAUGGCUGGGCGACUCAUCCAAAAGGUGGCGUGCAAUUCUCCGGAUUGAAGACGGUUCAGGACAGAUUUCUUGGACCUAGCAUUCGAUAUGGGCAAAGUAAACUUGCCAAUGUUGUUUACGCAGCAGAACUUGCCAGGCGAUUUCCUAGUAUAACAUCAGUCUCAAUCCAUCCGGGAGUAAUAAACACGGGACUUCUUCAGAACGCACCCUUACUUAGUAGGGCACUGGUAUAUACGCUCAAUAAAGUAAAUUAUCUUGAUGUCGUGACCGAAGAGCAAGGAUCACUUAACUCUCUUUAUAUGGCCGUGGGGAUGCACAAAACUGAGGUGGUUAAUGGAGGUUUCUAUCGACCGAUGGGAGUACUCUGCAACCACAAGCUGGACGCGGUAGCGAAAAGCGAAGACUUUGCAAAGCAAUUAUGGGUAUGGACAGAGACUGCAUUGAAAGGUUAUUGA